AUGAUGCCUGCCUGCCUGCCUGCCUGCCUGCCUGCUUGCCUGCCUGCCUGCUACCUGCCUGCCUGCCUGCUUGCCUGCCUGCUGCCUGCCUGCUUGCCUGCCUGCUGCCUGCCUGCCUGCCUGCCUGCCGCCUGCCGCCUGCCUGCCUGCCUGCCUGCUGCCUGCGUCUGUGUUAGCUCUUUGUUGAGCCCAGACCUUUUGUACUGAAACAUCCCCGGCGGAGUGUUGAGUUGUGUAGGGCUGUGUGUCCUUUACCUGUCAUCUCAGCUCUGUAGUGCUAUAUCGGACCGCUCUAAUACAGGAUGAGUAAAGGCCCAGUGAACUACUUAUGUGAAGAAAAAAAUAUAUAAAUGUUUUGUUAAUUAUUUUUAUUAACAUGAUUUUUCAGGGGGUGCUGCAGCACCCUCAGCACCCCUACUUACCACGGCUAUGGAACUAACACUACCUUUUUACUGGCUGUUAAUGUAAUAAUGCGGUCAUUGAACCACUGCAGGAACUGUCAAUCAAACGUUUUUAACAAUCAGCCAAUAGGAGAGCUGCAGUAGGGGAGAGCCUUGCUGUUUUUAGACCACAACCCAACAGCGGUAAGGAUAGGAAGAGCUAGUUUUGAGCUGCACUCAACUUCACCACACAGACCCUAUGCUUGUUGGCGCUCUCUCUCUCUCUCUCACUCUCUCUCUCUCUCUCUCUCUCUCAAUUCAAAUGGCUUUAUCAUUGCCAAAGCACGUGAAAUAGAUAAAAACAAAAGUGAAAUAAACAAUAUAAAAUGAACAGUAACAUUACACUCUGUCACGCCCUGGCUCUGGGGACUCUUGUAUGUUGAGCCAGGGUGUUAGUUUCUUUGUGUAGUGUCUAUGUUUUGUGUUCUAUGUUCAGUUUCUAGUUCAUGUGUUUUCUAGGUUGGCCGGGGUGGUUCUCAAUCAGAGGCAACGAGAAUCAGCUGUUGCUUGUUGUCUCUGAUUGGGAACCAUACUUAGGCAGCCUGUUGUGCACUUGUGUUUUGUGGGAUCUUGUUCCGUGUAGGUUUGUGUUUGUUAACCGAGGACUUCACGUUUCGUUUCGUUUUGUUGUUUUAUAUUUUUGUAUCGUGUUGCCAGUACUCUAUUAAAGAAGAUGUACGCAUAUCACGCUGCGCCUUGGUCCACUCAUUAUGACGAUCGUGACAGAAGAUCCCACCAAAACAGGACCAAGCAGCGUGUCCAGGAGCAGACAGCCUGGACUUGGGAGGAGAUUUUGGACGGGAAGGGGUCCUGGACUUGGGAGGAGAUCCAGGCCGGGAUGGAUCGCCGUCCUUGGGAGGAGACGGUGGAGGCGCGCCAUAGAGAGGAGCAGCGGCGCCAACCGGGCCGACGUCGGACACGCAAGAGGCAACCCCAAUAAUUUUUUUGGGGGGGGGGCACACGGCAUGGACGACGGGGCUGCUGGAGGCAGCUACAGGGCGAGUUUGGGGAUUAGGAGAGGAGGCCACCGGGUUUGGGGGGCUGGAAGGGAGGUUGGCGGAGCCUAGAGGUAGAGCAGAGCCAACUCCCCGUACUCAGGCUAGACAGCGUGAGACUGGGCAGGUUCCGAGGUAUGCGGAGCUGCGUACUGUGCCGCGAGUGGUCCGGCACAGUCCGGUACGUCCUGUGCGAGCACCACGCACGUGUCGUGCUAAGGUGGGCAUGCAGCCAGGACGGAGUGUGCCGGCUCAACACUCGUGGCCUCCAGUGCCCCUCCUCGGUCCCGGAUAUCCUGCGCCAGUGUCACGUGCUGUAGUGCCAGUACGAGUACACAGCCCUGUAUGUCCUGUGCUGAUGCCUCACACAGUGUGUGUAAAAAUAGGCAUUCAGCCAGGACGGGUUGUGUCAGCUCUUCGCUCCAGACCUCCAGUCCGUCUCGCCAGCCCGGCCCGGCCUGUUCCUGCUCCCCGCACCAAGCCUAUGGUGCGCGUCGCCAGCCCGGCCCGGCCUGUUCCUGCUCCCCGCACCAAGCCUGUGGUGCGCGUCGCCAGCCCGGCCCGGCCUGUUCCUGCCCCUCGCACCAAGCCAAUGGUGCGCGUCGCCAGCCCGGCCCGGCCUGUUCCUGCUCCCCGCACCAAGCCUAUGGUGCGCGUCGCCAGCCCGGCCCGGCCUGUUCCUGCUCCCCGCACCAAGCCUGUGGUGCGCGUCGCCAGCCCGGCCCGGCCCGUUCCUGCUCCCCGCACAAAGCCUGUGGUGCGCGUCGCCAGCCCGGCCCGGCCUGUUCCUGCUCCCCGCACCAAGCCUAUGGUGCGCGUCGCCAGCCCGGCCCCGCCUGUUCCUGCCCCUCGCACCAAGCCAGUGGUGCGCUUCGUCAGCCCGGUCCGGCCCAUUCCUGCUCCCCGCACCAAGCCAAUGGUGCGCGUCGUCAGCCCGGUCCGGCCCGUUCCUGCUCUCCGCACCAAGCCUGUGGUGCGCGUCGUCAGUCCGGCACAGCCCGUGCCUGUUUCACCGGUGCCUGGUCCACACCGGAGCCUAAGCAAUCCGCUCCACCGAUGUCCAGUCCAGCUCCAGCCAGCGGGGCCAGACCAGACCAGGGGCGCUACGGGGGGGUUGUUAGUGGGUGGUGGUCACGCCCGGAGCCGGAUCCGCCUCCGAGGAGGAAUGCCCACCCGGCCCCUCCCCUGUUGGGUUUAUGUUGUCGCAGUCCGCGCCUUUGGGGGGGGUACUGUCACGCCCUGGCUCUGGGGACUCUUGUAUGUUGAGCCAGGGUGUUAGUUUCUUUGUGUAGUGUCUAUGUUUUGUGUUCUAUGUUCAGUUUCUAGUUCAUGUGUUUUCUAGGUUGGCCGGGGUGGUUCUCAAUCAGAGGCAACGAGAAUCAGCUGUUGCUUGUUGUCUCUGAUUGGGAACCAUACUUAGGCAGCCUGUUGUGCACUUGUGUUCCGUGUAGGUUUGUGUUUGUUAACCGAGGACUUCACGUUUCGUUUUGUUGUUUUGUAUUUUUGUAUCGUGUUGCCAGUACUCUAUUAAAGAAGAUGUACGCAUAUCACGCUGCGCCUUGGUCCACUCAUUAUGACGAUCGUGACACACUCACAAAAGUUCCAAAUGAAUAGAGACAUUUCAAAUAUCAUAUUAUGGCUAUAUACAGUGUUGUAACGAUGUGCAAAUAGUUAAAAUACAAAGGGGAAAAUAAAUCAACAUAAAUAUGGGUUGUAUUUACAAUGGUGUUUGUUCUUCACUGGUUGCCCUUUUCUUAUGGCAACAGGUCACAAAUCUUGCUGCUGUGAUUGCACACUGUGGUAUUUCAUCCAAUAGAUAUGGGAGUUUAUCAAAAUUGGAUUUGUUUUUCGAAUUCUUUGUGGGUCUGUGUAAUCUGAGGGAAAUAUGUCUCUCUAAUAUGGUCAUACAUUUAGCAGGAGGUUAGGAAGUGCAGCUCAGUUUCCACCUCAUUUUGUGGGCAGUGUGCACAUAGCCUGUCUUCUCUUGAGAGCCAGGUCUGCCAACUGCGGCCUUUCUCAAUAGCAAGGCUAUGCUCACUGAGUCUGUACAUAGUCAAAGCUUUCCUUAAUUUUGGGUCAGUCACAGUGGUCAGGUAUUCAGACCCCAGGCUACUGUUGUAUCAACCCUUAGACCAAACACAAUUACCCAGCAGUAACUAGGCGAGCCCAGAGGCAGUACAGCCUGUUCUGUACACAGCAGUCAGUCAGUAUGGGAACUGGAGCUGUCGGACAGCAACAGGCCUAUUAUCAUUGUGAAACGGACUUGUGCUCCUGGGCCAAAAUAAUCUGACUCAGCCUGAAGCCACCAGCAUCAUUGCUUGCUAUUCCAGUAGUUUUUUCUGCUUUGGAGAGGGUUUUGCGGGCUCAGUGUGAUGAGGCAGAGAGUGCCCUGCCAUGUUUUAAACAUGAGUAGUGUGAAAGGCAAUCGCUCUCCGGAGGACACACACACUGGUCUCCUCCCGAGUAUUCUCGCGUUGCCAUGCCUCCAAAAUCACGUCGUUGUCACGCCUUCCUGUUUUAAGGAAGUCUGUUUCGCAACGAGGCUACCUCCAGAGUGCUGCUAUUGUUCACAGGGCCAGAGUGGAGCCAUCACACGUGUCCCGGCACUCACAGUGCUCUCACUGUCCACACAGUACGUGUGUGAGAGGUCUCAAACCGCAUGGCUGCAUAGAAUCACACCCAAGGAAAGCAUUCAACACUGCUCUCCUUAAUAAACCAAACAAGGGCUCUCGAACAAUUAAACUGACAUAGAAUCUUGUGUGAGAUCCUUUAGAGAAAGCAGUCUCCUUCUACUCAAUUUGUCCUUCAAUAGGUGUUUUCUUCUUAAGUGAUAAUGCCAGAGAAGCCGGUGUUUGUUGCAUACAUUGGCUUGGGUGCCAAUAUAUCCAACAAACACCGGCUUCGAGGGCAUUAUCACUUUUAUACAACGGGUUACCAUCAUUAAAAAUGUUAUUUUGAUUAAUUUAUUUGUGCUAUUUCAUCCUUCCACAAGAUAUAGUCCCAACACAAAUCUAGGGUUUCUAGAGACGCGACCCAGUCGUUCGUUCUUUUUGUUCUGUAUCUAUGGACGCGACCCAGUCGUUCAGUCUUUUUGUUCUGUAUCUAUACACGAGACCCAGUCGUUAGUUCUAAAUGUUCCAUUGCCAUACUGGCUGGCAACGUUCUUAUCCCUUGCUUGCUAGCUAGCCAACUACGGCUAACUUACAGUCACGUCUAAAAGUUCUGCCAGAAUAACAGCAAAGUAGAUGCAUUUGCAUUUGUUUAAGCUGUUUUCUAGUGACAUUUAUUUGGAUACAUCCAUAACAAUGAGCUAAUGAGGCGCGAUUUUGCCUGGCGUAGAGAAUGUGCUCACUCGUCAGGACACUGUUGUUCAGAGGAGCUAGCCAACAACACAGCUACAGUAACACAAUCACUUCAAACUGAAGCUGGAAAGACUACAAAUUAGCUGCGUUUCGUUGUACCUUUUUUCAAUGGACAUUUUUUUGGUAUACUGUAUAUCCAUAAAAAUUAUACAUUCUAUAAGAACUCUUAUACUACUACAAUAUAUCUAAUGUCUCUCUCUCUCUCUCUCUCUCUCUCUCUCUCUCUCUCUCUCCUCUCUCUCUCUCUCUCUCUCUCUCUCUCCUCUCUCUCUCUCUCUCCUCUCUCUUAAAAGUGUUGAGUCUGUGAAUGACGGUCUAUUCCACACGGUGGAGCUCCUGAUUCAGAACCACUCUCUGAGCCUGGUGGUGGACAAGGGAGCCCCCAAGAAGCUCGGCAAGCUGCCCCGCCAGCCCUCUGUGGACCACAGCACACAGCUCUACAUAGGAGGUAAACAGAGACCCAUAUAGCACAUAUACCUGAACGGACCCAUUACUCCUUAAAAAACACACAGAAGAAUCUACACUGUGCAUACCUACAGAUAUUUACAUUUCAAAUUGAAACUGGUCAACCGAUGAAAUGUCAGGCCAUCAAACCAGAAUGUCAUAAUAAUAAAACACCCUUUUUCUUCCAUCCAUCCCUCCCCUCCUCCCCCUCCCCCUCCGCCUCCUCCCCCACCUCCUCCACCUCCCCCCUCUUCCUCCCCUCCAGGCGUGCCCUCAGCAGUGGUGGCAUCAGGCCUGCGUUCAGGUCCCGACCGCAGCCCCCAGGCCUUCAACGGCUGCAUCCACAACGUCAGGAUCAACGGAGAGCUCCAGGAUCUGGGGGCAGCACCACGCAGGGUGGAAGGCAUCCUGCCAGGCUGCCACUCCUGCAGCGUGUGUGCCCAGGGCGCCUGCAGACAGACAGGCGACACGGGUGUGUCCUGCGAGUGCCCACCCAGCCGCAGUGGACCCCUCUGUGACCAGAAGACCACCACCAGCCCCUGUCAGAGCAUCAGUUAUGGCCUGUCUACAGCUACAUAUCAGACCACCACCACCCCUGGUCAGAGCAGCUGGUAUUGGCCUGUCCUAACACUACAUAGCAGGUAUGGCCUGUCUUACAGCUACCACAGACCACCCCCAGGCCCCUGUCAGACAGGUAUGCCUGCAACAGCUACAGAUCAACGACCACGCCCUGUCAGAGCAGCUGGUAGGCCUGUCUACAGCUACAUAUAGCCCCACCAGCCCCUGUCAGAGCAGCUGGUUGGCCUGUCUAACGCUCAUAUCAGACCACCACCAGCCCCUGUCGAGCAGCAGGUAUGGCCUGUCUACAGCUCAUAUCAGACCACCACCACCCCGUCAGCAGCUGGUAUGGCCUGUCUAACAGUAAUAUCAGACCACCACCAGCCCCUGUCAGAGCAGCAGGUAUGGCCUGUCUAACAGCUACAUAUCAGACCACCACCAGCCCCUGUCAGAGCAGCUGGUAUGGCCUGUCUAACAGCUACAUAUCAGACCACCACCAGCCCCUGUCAGAGCAGCAGGUAUGGCCUGUCUAACAGCUACAUAUCAGACCACCACCAGCCCCUGUCAGAGCAGCAGGUAUGGCCUGUCUAACAGCUACAUAUCAGACCACCACCAGCCCCUGUCAGAGCAGCUGGUAUGGCCUGUCUAACAGCUACAUAUCAGACCACCACCAGCCCCUGUCAGAGCAGCUGGUAUGGCCUGUCUAACAGCUACAUAUCAGACCACCACCAGCCCCUGUCAGAGCAGCUGGUAUGGCCUGUCUAACAGCUACAUAUCAGACCACCACCAGCCCCUGUCAGAGCAGCAGGUAUGGCCUGUCUAACAGCUACAUAUCAGACCACCACCAGCCCCUGUCAGAGCAGCUGGUAUGGCCUGUCUAACAGCUACAUAUCAGACCACCACCAGCCCCUGUCAGAGCAGCUGGUAUGGCCUGUCUAACAGCUACAUAUCAGACCACCACCAGCCCCUGUCAGAGCAGCUGGUAUGGCCUGUCUAACAGCUACAUAUCAGACCACCACCAGCCCCUGUCAGAGCAGCAGGUAUGGCCUGUCUAACAGCUACAUAUCAGACCACCACCAGCCCCUGUCAGAGCAGCAGGUAUGGCCUGUCUAACAGCUACAUAUCCAAGACACCUCAACAUAGGCUUUUAAUCAUAACUAAUUAAUUCAUAAUGAUCCUCAUCCUCAACACAUUACUAUAUUCACACACAUACAAAUGGACUCAUGCUUUUACACUUGCUCAUGUUUAAUAAUGUUAUAAAAUAUGAAUAAUAUGUACUCAACGUGGAUUAAUUAUUAAACACACAUACAUGACUAUUCCUCACAUGAACUGUAAACCUCUUUGUUCCAGGUGUAUCCAUGGGCUGUGUGUGCCUAAGGCAUCAUCCUACAGUUGUCAGUGUGCUGAGGGCUACACAGGGCAAUACUGUGACAGGAGAGAGGAGCCUCAAGCCUGUAGGGGACACCAGUGUGGACACGGGGAGUGUAGGGUCACAGAGAGUGGGGAGCGCUCCUGCCACUGCCAGCCGGGCUACACUGGCCCUGCCUGUGCCACAGGUGAGAGGAAUACACACGCACCUAGGCUGUUUCCAACAUAAAGAAACUGUUUCUGUAUGGACAUUCUACUGCAUACAGAAACUUGACUCUCAGAGGUCCAUAGUAAUAAUAGGCUAUAGAAUCUGAAAUCAUCCAUGUCAGAAUGAAAUAAGUUACUGUGAAGCUCUCCCAUUGACCUCUAUUAGAUCUGACGUGCCAGGGAGAGGCGGUGCGUGAGCUGCUGAAGCGCCACCAGCCCAUGAAGACAUGCACCUCCACCAGUAAGAUCCCCCGGGUGGAGUGUCCCCGCGCCUGCAACGGAGGCCUCUGCUGCGCCCCAUCCAAGAGCCGGAGGCGGAAAGUGGUCUUCAAAUGCACCGACGGGAGCUCAUUCUCUGAGGAGAUGGAAACCACCCUGGAGUGUGGCUGUGCCAAGUGCCCAUUGUAA